GGGGACGAGCCGCAGGAAGGGCAGCGGCGGGAACUCAAUGCGCGCGUCCGUGCACAAUAUGGACUCGGUCAGCAUCGAUCGAUGUAGGGAAAGCCAAGGCGAUCUCCUGAAUUACGAGAUCGCGAUGGAGGCGCAGCAGGAGGUGGAUUGGUCAUCUGGCCUGCCCGGCGAUCUCCUGAACUACAUCGGCACGCUCCUCGCCGUCCCCGGCCGAAUAUGCUUCCGCGCCGUCUGCCGCACCUGGAGAGCCGCCAUCGAGUACCCGGCGAUGCCGACGCCAUGGGCGGUCAUCCCGCGCACCGAGGGCUGCAGCGACUCCUUCACCGUGCUCUCGGCGCCGACCCUCAACUCCUUCCAGUGGACGCCUCCGGGCGGCUUGCCGGCCCGCUGCGUCGGCUCCAACGCCGGCUGGCUCGCCCUCGUCACCGUGGUCCCCGAGCCGAAGCACAUCCGGAUCUACCUCGUCAACCCCAUCACCGGCGCGCGCGUCGAUCUCCCGCCGACGCCCUGCUGGAUCCCGGAUUCCUCCCCGGCGGUCGUGGAGCGUGAACUGGACUUGAUAGUCCAGAAGUUGGCCUUCGCGCCGCGCCCCAGCGCCAGCGCCCACGCCGCCGCCUUCGCGUCGCUCGGCGGCAGGACCGUGUUCUACGCCAGGGCCGGCAUCAACGACGACGACGGCAUCUGGCGGCUGCUCAGCGAGAUCCCCAAGGCGGAGCGUGCCGUCAGGCGCGAGCUAGACGUGGCGUACCACGGCGGCAAGUUCUACUACAUGGACACGCACGGCCAGGUGUGGGUGGCCGACAUGGCCGCGCAGUGCCCGGCGCCGGUGCCGUUCGCGUCGUUCGCGUGCCCCGACCUGCCUCGCCAGGUCGCGCACCGCCGCCGCGGCUACCACCUCGCCUUCUCCGGCGACGGCGGGCUGCACGUGGUGUGGAGCACCAGCGAGGGCGACGGCGUCAGCUCCAGCAACCGCUACCACCGCCCAGCAAUGCUCGUCAUGCGCUACGACGAGGCGUCGGCGUCGUGGGCGGCGACAGCGAGCGUCGGCGGUGACCGCGCGUUCCUCAUCGGCGACCGGAGCCAGUCGCUGUCGGUGCCGGUCCGCAUCGCGUCGCCGUGGCUCAGAGCUGAUGCCGUCUACUUCACCAACAUCCCGCUCUGUGGCCUCCUCGCGCUAGGCGGUGACUGGCGUGGCGUCUGGGUGUUCCACCUGGCCGCCGGCGUUAUCACCUUUCCCACCGAGGACCACCACAAGGAUUUGGUGUUGAACGAGCUGGAACUGGAUCAGGACUGGCCCAAAUCCGUCUGGUUUAUGCCUUGCAUGACAUGACGCCAAUUAUCUAAAAUCUCUCUGUUUUUGCAGUGUGUGUUGGCUGGACAGAACUAGCUAGCACCUUCAGACAGAGGGCUCUGUUCUGUUCUGCUCUGCUAGAAUGUCGAGCUUCUCUGCUAUAGAUUUUUGACACCACUUAUGUUUUUAAUAAAGGUCUUGUUGUUCCUUCA